CCACGAGGCGCUCGAGGCCGCGCUCGGGGGCGCCGACGCCAAGGCCCUCGGCCAGGCCGUGGCCGCCGCCCGCCGUCACGGCGUGGACGAGGAGGCGAUCGAGGCGGCCGAACGGAAGAUCCAGGAGAUCAGGGCCCGCGAGAAAGCGCGCGCCGCCCUGAAGACCGCGCUGGACGGCAGCAGCCACGAAGCGCUCGCCCAGGCCAUCGUGGACGGCGAGCAGGCCUGCUUGUCGGAGGAGGAGCUGCAGCCUGCCAGGGUCAUCCUGCCAGUUCGCGAAGCGGUGAUCGCGCAGACGGCCGCCCCGACGGCCGAGUCGAGGGAGGCCCUGCGGGAGUGCCUGGCCAGGGCGUGCGAGGCGCCCGACUGCGCGGAGCUGCAGAGGGCGCGGGCGCUGCUGGCCGACCUCGACCGCAGGGCCGCGGCCGCGGCGAGGCUGCGGGAGGCGCUCGGACUGUCGGAGGACGACCCGAGCAGGUUCAAGGCGAUCCGCACUGCCCUGAAGGAGGCCGAGGCUUGUGGGCUGAACGACCCAGAGCUGCUUUCGGCUGCGAAGGCUCUGGAACAGGAGGGCCUCAUAGACGAGCUGCGCGACACCAUCCAGGAGGGCAUGUCGCGCCGCAACACGAGGGUCUUAAGGGAGGCGCUCUGCAAGGGCACGCAGCUGCAUCUGCCCAAGAAGGAGCUAGACGAGGUCCACGCGACCAUAAGCAGGGUGCACACCGAGAGGGCCGACCUGCGCGAGGAGUUCCGCCAGGCUCUGAAGAAGGGCGACGACGAGGCCCAGGCCAGGCUCUGCGAGAGAGCGGAGGCGAUCGGCGCUUUCACGCCCGAGCAGCGGGCGAAGGCGAUAAAGGACAUGGAGAAGUCGCGCGCCAGGAGCGCACUCGUCCAGGGGGUCAGGGACGCGAUGGGCCUCGGCGAGGUCGAGGGCGUCCGGGCCGCCCUGGAGACGGCUGAGGGGGCGGGGAUCACGGGCCCCGUGAUCGAGGAGGCGCAGGCGAUGAUCGAGUCCAUCGAGCGCAUGAGCAGGGCGGAGGACAUGUUGAGCAAGGCCUACGCGAGCUCUGACCACACCGCAAUCCUGAAGCAGUCUUGGGCGGAGAAGGCGCUUGAGGAUGCCGGAAAGGACCAGUUCGCUAUGGAGAACACUAUUAAGCCGUUGAAGGCUGCACGCGCGAAGAGAUUUCGGCAGUUGAUGUUGGUGGAUCUCGCAGAAGUCGACAUCGGGGACGUUGCCAAGGCCAUCAUUGAGGGCCUGUCGGCUGGGCUGGACGUACCCGAGGUGGACGAGCUGAAGAGGCUGUUCUGGCAGAAGUACGAGGCCGUUGCCGAGGACGACGCCAGCAGGUUCGAGGCGCUGCAGGACGACAUGCUGUCUGAGCAGACCCUGCUUGCGAGCGACGUCUCGAUGCUGUCGCUCAAGGCCACAGGCACUUGCCAUGCCAAGAGCUCUCUGGCCACCCUCUGCGACAUCGAGACGGGAACGAAGAUGGUGGAGCUCUUGCAGGAGGCGUGGGCGAACAAGCAGGGCACCGUCUUGGACGAGCUCGAGAGCCUCAGGUGCUGCGUCCUGGCGGAGGACGGGAGCGUCGCGGGCACGAGGCCGUGGGACCGCACGGCCAUCUACAGAGCCACGGCGGAGCUGAGGCAGCGCCACGAGGAUUCGGUCGAGAACGCCACUGCGUUGCACUUUCCCCUGUCGAUGCUGUGCAUGCUCCUCUACACCCAGCACGAGGCGGACCUGGACCGGACGCUGCUGUUCCCCGACUGCCCGACAGUCAGGCAGCCACUGCCCCUCCGGGACGCGGCGUACAGCGCGUACCGCGAGCACUUGCAGAAGUCCCGGGCCGGCCAGCGCAACGCUUGCCCCGACGGCAUGCCGUGCUUGGCCGGCAGGGUCACAGCGGCGCUGAGCGGCUGCAUGGACGAGCUGUCGAAGGGCGCCAAGAAGGAGGCCCUGCAGAAGGCGGCAGCCGCGCUCCAGGAGGCGCCUGUUAAGCUGAUGUGCGGCGUCAGCCGCCUGAAAGAGACCUUCGACCCUCCGAGGCUCGUCUCCAGGUGGUUCCCUGACCUUGGAGACAAGGCCGCGGAGGGGCUACACCCAUGACCCUCCCCCUACUUAUCAUUGCCCCUCAUUAUCACUUUUUCCUCCCCCG